UAUCGUCUCGAGGGCCCCAAUUGGCCCGCGGACCGCGAGUUUGAGACCCAUGUCCUAUAAUAAAGGUGCCCAUAAGCAAGGCACCGACACCACCACUAGCUGCCAACAAUAAAUAUACAUUUCAGCAGAGUGGUGCAGGAAAUGAGCUGCCUGUAGCUUUUUGUCUUUGAAUGAAGAAAUUUUGCAGCUGUUCGAGUCAUUCUCUGUGAGAUCCUCUUUCAAAAUCACGACUCUGUUUCGCGCGUUUAUUUAACCCUCCCUACCAUGAAGCACGAGCUACUAAUCAUGCACAGACGUGCACCAACGUGCUUUUUAGCCCACAUUUCUUGGCGGACUAAAGCUGCAUUCCGCCCCACCCCUUACAAACAACAUCAUCACCACUGUACCUAAAUCAGGAAGCACCGAGACACGUUUUCCUUUUCUUUUUCUUUUUUUUAUACGGAGACACUUUGGUGAUUACAGCAGCGGCGAACCAUAAAGGGGAAAAGGCGUUAUUGUUGAUGUUGUUGACGACCACCGUCGACCACUGUUGAAAGAAGAUUGACAGUUGGUUACAUCCAGUACAAGGCUCAGCUGUGGAUGCAUUUGGCACAGACAAACCGGAGAAGGUCUCUGUCAGCAGCAUGGGCCAGCAUCUAGGAAAGAGGGAGUCACCUGUAGACAUGAAGGCUCCAUCACCUGAACCCGAAGCAGAGCAGGAAACAGCAGCAGCAGAAGCAGUAGCAGAAUCUGAACCACAAGAUGAAGUCUUUGGCCUGGGUGAGGCAGAUGCGAACCAGAACAAUGGCUGCAUCUUGGAGAAGCCGGUGGUGACUGACUCCACGGGCGCUGAGGGCCCCCGCCAGCCCUGGGCCCAUGCCAGCACAGCUGACCCUGACGCCGCCACACCACGCCCCCACCUGGCCCGCCUCUUCUCCCGAGAUGCCCCGGGCCGAGAGGACAACACCUUCAAAGAGCGACCCUCCGAAUCGGACGAGCUACAGACCAUCCAGGAACACAGCGGAGCGGCUUCAGAGUGCGGGUCGGAGAGCCCCGAACAGGACCUAGAAUAGGCUAGCUUUUUUUUUCCCUCCCUCCUUUCUUUUCUCUUUUCCCUCCUCUUUUUCGGUCUCUCAUUUAAGAGAGAAACAAGAACCCCACAUUUGACAAAUACAAACCAACCACUACUACACCAACCAUGGCAUCUGCAAGCAGCUCUGCACAGGCCGCCUUCGGGCUGGGCCGGAGGAAGAAGAACCCCGGGCUCCUGGAUCAGAUUGGAAAGUUCUUUGGA